CUUCUUCCUUUUCUUCUUCACCUUCCAUUUUUCUUCUACCCCAUCUUCAAAUUCACUCCCUUCGUCGUCUUCUUCUUAUUUACCAACUGGGUUCCUGACAAACACUUCGAUUUCGACCUCAUUCUGCUUCCUUCUCCCACAGGAGUUCGUUUGUUUGAUUGUGAUGCUGUUUGCGAGCUAAUUGCUAGAUGCCGUCGAUGUGGAGGCAUUGUGUUUGCGUUUUUCUGCUGUUGUGUUGUCGCUCCAUGCUUCUUGCCGGUGCUGCUACCACAGAGCCAUCUGAUGUUAAAGCAUUGAUAGCAGUGAAGAGGAGUCUAAUUGAUCCUAUGGACCGGCUUAACAGUUGGAGUAAUGGAGAUCCUUGCACAGAUAAUUGGAUUGGAGUUGUAUGCACCUAUUCUGAUGGAGCUGUCGGGAACUUACGUGUCAAAGAACUCCAGCUAAUGUAUAUGAACCUAUCUGGAAAUUUAGCCCCUGAGAUCAGCCAAUUGUCCAAGCUUGAGAAGUUAGAUUUCAUGUGGAAUAACCUAACUGGUUCAAUUCCAAAGGAGAUUGGCAGUAUUAUGUCACUGAAACUUUUACUCCUAAAUGGAAAUAAACUAUCUGGUUCUCUUCCAGAUGAGCUUGGUAAUCUUACAAAUCUUAUCCGGUUUCAAAUAGACGAGAAUCAAAUUUCAGGACCUAUCCCAAAAUCAUAUGCUAACUUGAUGCCUGUGAAGCACCUCCACUUCAAUAACAACACACUAAGUGGUGAAAUUCCGUCUGAGCUUUCCAGAUUAUCCAAGCUGCUUCACUUGCUUUUGGAUAACAAUAACUUCUCAGGUUCUUUGCCACCAGAAAUUUCGACCUUGCCAGUGCUACGCAUUCUGCAACUUGAUAACAACAAUUUCAAAGGUGAAAUUCCAGCAUCUUAUGAAAAAUUUCCUACAUUAGUGAAAUUAAGUCUGAGGAAUUGCGGGUUGGAGGGACCAAUCCCUAAUUUUAGCAAGAUAGAAAACCUCAGUUACUUAGAUCUUAGCUGGAACCAUUUUACUGGACCCAUACCGCCUUAUAACCUCGCUUCUAGGAUGACAACAAUAAUUUUGUCGAACAACCAGCUGAAUGGAUCUAUACCCAGAAGUUUCUCCAAUCUUCCUGUCCUCCAGAAACUGUCACUUGAGAAUAACUUUCUGAAUGGUUCUGUACCGUCUGCUCUGUGGGAGAAAAUGUCCUUUGAAUCAAGUGCUCGACUUACACUCGAUCUUCGAAACAAUUUGUUCUCUGACAUUUCUGGAAGCACAAACACUCCUGCUAAUGUGACCCUAAGGCUUGGAGGAAAUCCAAUCUGCCAAAAUUUGAGCAGACAAAACUCUGACCAGUUCUGUAUGUCAAAAAUUGUAGAGGAUGGGCUUCAUAGAAGCUCAAAGAAUUCCAGUGAAACAUGUGCAGUUAGCAGUUGUCCAACGGACAGUUUCUUUGAAUUAGUGCCAGACACUCCUGACCCAUGCUUUUGUGCAUCACCCCUUGGGAUUGGAUAUAGGCUGAAGAGUCCAAGUUUUUCCUACUUUCCUCCAUACAUACAUUUAUUUGAAGCGUAUCUGACAAAGGAACUCAAUUUGGAUAUGCACCAAUUGUUAAUCGAUUCAUACGAUUGGGAAGGAGCUCGCCUGAGGAUGUAUCUGAAGAUUUUUCCAUCAUUUGAUAGUGGCACUCAUAAAUUGGAUAUUACGGAGAUAUUUCUAAUUACAGAACAAUUUAUGUCAUGGAAUUUUACCCGUAAUGACUUCUUUGGCCCAUACGAGCUUCUCAACUUCACACUCCCUGAACGUUUUCAGACUGUCAUUUUCCAGACAGAGAAGAUGGGCAUUGGUACGGGCAUCAUGGCUGCCAUCAUUGUUGGAUCUGUUUUUUGUAUUCUUGUUAUCGUAGCAGUGGCCGUACUUCUAUUCACUAGGCGUUAUAGAUACCGUCACAAUUUGUCAAGGAAAAAUCUCUCUUCAACGAUUGGUCUGAAAAUUGAUGGUGUCAAAGCAUUUUCAUUCAAGGAAAUGCAAUCGGCUACUGGAAAUUUCAACCGCUCAACUGAAGUUGGCCGAGGAGGUUAUGGCAAGGUCUAUAAAGGCACACUAUCAGAUAAUUCAGUUGUAGCCAUCAAGCGUGCAGAAGAAGGAUCCUUACAAGGCCAAAAAGAAUUUUUGACGGAGAUAAAACUCUUAUCACGAGUACAUCACCGAAACUUAGUAUCCCUAAUCGGAUAUUGUGAUGAAGAAGGGGAACAAAUGCUGGUUUACGAGUUUAUGCCAAAUGGAACUUUGCGGGACUGGCUUUCUAGUUUUGAAUUUUCUGACAAAAGUAAAACUACAGUAAAUCUGAAUUUCCGUAUGAGAUUACAAAUUGCACUGGGUUCAGCUAAAGGUAUACUGUAUCUCCAUACUGAAGCAAAUCCUCCUAUAUUUCACCGAGACAUCAAAGCUAGAAACAUACUACUCGAUGCCAAGCUCACGGCUAAAGUGGCUGAUUUUGGAUUGUCACGUCUUGCUCCUGAUCUGGAUUACGAGGGGGACGUUCCUGGACAUGUAUCUACUGUUGUGAAGGGUACCCCUGGUUAUCUUGAUCCAGAGUACUUCUUAACCCAUAAAAUGACAGAUAAAAGUGAUGUCUAUAGCUUAGGAGUUGUGUUCUUGGAGCUCUUGACGGGUAUGCACCCUAUUUCGCACGGCAAAAACAUCGUACGUGAGGUAAAAUUGGCACAUCAAAUGGGGACAAUUCUUUCAAUUGUAGACACAACGUUAGGUUCUUUUGCAUCUGAGUGUCUAGAGAGGUUUGUUGCUUUAGCCCUUAGUUGUUGCCAUGACAAUCCAGAAGAGCGGCCGUCAAUGCUGGUUGUGGUGAGGGAGCUGGAGAACAUACUGAACAUGAUGCCUAACGAUAGCGGUACCUUGUCUUCCGACUUGUCCUUGAGAUCAAGUGCCAGACUUCCAUCCUCACCGACAUCAACUUCCUGCAUCACCCGAGACCAGUUUCCAUCAGGAAGCAUUUCUGGGAGCGAUCUCAUCAGUGAUGUCAUGCCAACCAUCAGACCUCGCUGACAUCUGGUUCGGCUUCUGCUUGAUGCUUGUAAUGUGUUCUUACAAAUCCUGAUAUGUUUAGCCAAUGUUUCUGAUAAAAAGUAGGAUUGAUAGAUGAGAGGCCUCUUCAAACCAUGAAGAGUUCUGAGUUCAACUCAGUCUAUAUGUAUAUUUAUAUAUUAAAAAAAGCACGAAAAGGGAGAAAUUCGCAUUUUAAAUUGACUUGUGUUGUACAGAUGGCGA